AUGGCCAACAGUAACAAACGCCCGCCGGAUAAGUCCGAUUUAAAAUACUAUAAGUGUCAUCCUAAUAAACCAGUAAAAACAGUCAUCUGUAUUAUAUGUGAAAAUGCAUACCACAAGAAACACGUACUCAGAGAUAUAACUUCAAACUCUGAUGAGCAUAUGUUAAACGAUGUGGCAAAAAAAGUUAUUGCACUAAUAAAAAUGAAACAAACUAAAGAAAUCAGAGAAGAAUUGCUUCAAGAUUUACAGAAUAAAACAUUGGAAAAACAUAAUGCGGUGAUUAAUAAAGAAGAAAGUGACAUUGACAGUUUGAUAACUGAAAACAACUUACUAAAACAACUAGUUGCUGAAUUACAAGAUAAAAAUCAAUUACAGAAAGACAUCAUAGAAUUGCAAAAACAAAAAAAUACGGAAACACAGAUAAAUAAGAAAACAUAUGCUGAAGCGAUGAGUGAAAUUAAACCAAAGCCGAAGCGAAUUCCAAGAAUUACAGUGAAGGCCAAUGACCCCAAUCAGAAAGACACAAUGGAACUGUUGACGAGCUGUCUUGUCACAGAGAAAAACAUUCAAACUAAGUUCAUUCGCAAGAAGAAUGACAACGUCAUCGAAAUUAACUGUAUGAAUACUAAAAGUCUUGAAACAGUGGAAAAUGCAUUAAAAAAGAAAAUGAAAAACUGUGCAAUCAAUAUAGAACAACAAGGUAACCCUAAAAUGAAAAUUAUUGGUAUAAGCAAUGUUACAAAAAUGGAUGAAGAUGAAAUAGAAUUAGAUUUUGAUACAAGGAAUUUCAAACAAUUUCAAAACAAGGCUAAGGUACUGCAUAUGUACACUAAUAAAAGAAACAAAACCGAUACAGUCCUAAUGGAAGUAUCGCCUGAAAUUUAUAAGAACAUUCGGGAAAGUAAUAACAAGAUUUUCGUAGGACAUCAGUGCUGCAAAGCCUAUGAUCUCAUAAACGUUAAUCCUUGUUUCAACUGUGGAAGAUUUGGACAUAACACAAACAAAUGUAGAAAUGAUCCUGUCUGUAUUAAGUGUUCCGAUAAUCACAACGUGAGUGAGUGUAAAAAUUCAAACAUCGAAUGUAUAAAUUGUAGUUACAACAACACAACAUACAGAACAAGUUUACCAACGGACCACUUACCAACAGAUAGGCUGAAGUGUAGUAUACUUAAAAAGAAAAUAAAGCAAUAUAUUAACUCUAUUGAUUACCUGAUUGAGCCUACUUUACCGGCAUUUGAUGAAUCAAGCGCUAUGAAACAAUUGUGCAAUAUGCAAGCUAACAAACAGCUUUACCAAAGGCAAUUAAAUACAAACAAGAACUCUGGAAAAACAGUAAAUUCGAGAACUACCUCCCUGCAACAAAGAACCAGGCAACAGACCUCCCAACAACAGCAGAGCAAUAAUGGCGGCAAAGAUGGACUUAAUUGA